AUGACUCUGAAGAAGCGAUGGAACGUCCAGUACGGUCUACACCCUUUGCGCGACCCCAUCGCUGUGCCCUAUCACGCGAAGGGUGUUCCUAGCGAGCAGUCUGAAUGGGGACAUCCAGAUGUUGCUAUUCUGUUUACAUGCCUGGCUUUCUACUACGACGGCAUCAGUGUCUCGCAGCUCACCCAGUCCUUGGAGCACCUUCUCAAGUCCGAUGACCCAUCGGCUGAGUAUGACAAAUGGACUCAGACCACCGAAUCGUUUCCCGAGUCCCUCAAAGCAUGGAACUCCAUCAACGUAGAUGAUGAUCUGCAGCUUGUCGAAAUUUGGAAGGCUGUACGGUACAAUAUGACAACCAUUGACUACUUCAUGAACAACUUCGUCUUUCCUCAACACGCUAAGCAGUUCAGAGUCAAGCUUCAGUCCAAUGGAUGGGAUAUUCCACUAUUCACGGUCGACACUCCCUCCUCAAACAAUGGAGACAGCCAAGAGAUUUCCAGGGCUCUGACAACUGGAUUUAGUGGCACAAAUGACAAUCGUACGAUGUUGCCUCUGACGAUCAAGCAGGAAGACCUUCCCGGCCUAUCUCACACGAACGCUGAGGUCCUUACUUACCUUCUACAUAAGCGAUCUCGUGAGUGUCGCAAGAUUGAAGGCUCGGGAGGGGAAAGAGCGACUGAAUCAGACCUUUUGCAAGAGCUCAGGCGACGGGACAUCAAUAUCCUGAUCGAUGCAGGAGCUCAGAUCCUGGAGAUGGACAAUGUCACCCUUGCAAAGAAAUGGCUGGAAGUUGACCAGCGAGCUUUCGCUGCUUUGUUCUUUGACGAACAGAACAAACCAUGGGUCAUUCAGAGAACUGGCAGAAAGACCCCACUACUUGCUUCGCCGUACGCGGAUGACCUCAGUAGAUGUUUGGUGUACUUGGACGAGGCACAUACUCGAGGAACGGACCUGAAGUUUCCCCCUAGUGCUCGAGGCGCACUUACUCUCGGCCUCGGUCAGAGCAAGGACCAUACCGUUCAAGCUGCCAUGCGACUGAGACAGCUGGGAACUACCCAAUCCGUCACGUUCUUUGCUCCACCAGAAGUAUAUCAGAGCAUCCUGGAUUUGCAGUCUAAACCCCUUGGUGCCACUGUCGACUCUCACGACGUAAUUUGCUGGCUGUUGGACAACACUUGCGAUGGCAUUGAGCAAUUGCAGCCCCUCUACUACGCCCAAGGCAUCGACUUUUGCCGGCGCAUGCAGGCCACCGUUGAACAUCCCGAAUUCCUGCGAGAUAAGGCCCAAAGGGAAGACUACCUGGCCACAAUCAAGCAGAACGAGCAGUUCAGCUUGCAGCAGAUGUACGAGCCCAAGCGAAAGGUGAAGGGCACUGGCGAGUUCCGAGCUGGUUCGAACCUGAAGAUCAGAUCUUUUGUCAAGGAGCUCAAUACGAGACGCAAAGCAUUCCAAGAUACGGGUCGGGCUGUUCAUGCUUCAGCUCUGCAGGAGGUCGAGCAAGAGCGAGAAGUGGCAUUCGAAGUGGAGACUGUUCGCCAAGUCAAAAAGCCCCAGCACUACCCAGCGCUGUCGUUCCCGGGUCUUGCUCAAGAUAUUGAGUCGUUCGCAUUGAACGGAAGAAUUCCCGCUGGAUCUCAGAGCUUCGUGCCAGUUCUCAAGUCGCUGGCAAAGACGGGUACGGGCAAAAAGUUCAAGGUUGCCGAUCGAUCAACACAGGCACGGCUGUUCGUUUCCACAGAAUUCGAGCGAACAAUCAAGCUCACCUUCGACUUGACAAAUGACAAUUUCCUGCGCAAUGUGAAUUGGAUUCUUUGGAGCGAUGUCACUGGUGUCGCUCUCGUCGUUGUCCCCGAGGAAGCCGAGAUGCUUCUGCCUCUUAUCAGAAACAAGGGCCCCAAGCAUAUGACACAUCUCAUUCUAUACUCGGCCCCCGUCACCCGCAAGAUGCUGCAUUUCGGCAAACUUGACUAUCUCAGUAUCCCGCCUCUUGCUAACGACUGGGAAGCGCCAAUGUGGUUGAGGGUUGAACUGGGAUUAUACGCCGGACGGCUCUACUUUGAGUGGGACGAGUAUGCAGAGAUAUGCCGCCUGCUCGGUAUUGACGAGACUUCUCUUUCCGAAGACAUGGAAGAGUCUUCUGAUGAAGAUCUGGAGAGGGCACAGCUUGACGGAGCAGUCGAAUCUAAGCCGUCGUCCAAGCCAGCCAAGACUGGUCUGACACCUCGUCCAUUGACAUUUUGCCAAGAAUGGCUUGCUGCUCGACGCCGUGGUCAGGACUUUGUCUCUACCCCUAUGGGCUUCAUCGCCCAGGGAAAGCCUCUCCAGACUACCCACCCUUUCUUCCGCAAGACUGAUACGGAGAAGAAUGACAAGCUUUUCGUCCCCAUCAGUCGCCAGAAGGUUCAACAGGAUGCAGAUGAUCAGCCUCUGGAUGAUUUCGGUCUGGACUACAUGGGCGAAAAUGAGAACGCAGACAGCGAUGCUGACGACGACGAAAUCGAGUACAACGAGUCGGAGAUGGGCAGCGAUGGCGAGGACCCUCAGGUGGAGUCAGAUUCGGAGUAUUGA